GUCACGUGAUUACCAAUGGCUGACAAGUAGCGGAAGCAUUCAAUCAGUUUCAAUUUCUUACUAAAAUUUUGCUAUGUAUCAAUUGUGAUAUUACUAAAAAUGAUUGAGUGGAAAACGAUAGCAAACGGGCCUAAAUAUGGCGUUGUUAUGUACAACUACAAUAUGAAGGGACCAUUUUUGCUGUCUCUUGUCAUAGGAGACACUGUUGUCAUAAAAGAAGAAAAUGGAGAUUGGUACAUGGGCUAUUCAACCAAGAAUCGGAAUGAAAAGGGUGCAUUUCCAAAGAGCUUUGUAGCUGUCAAAGAAGCCACCAUCGUCCAGUCAGGGUCUAUGGAAAGCAUCACUCCAAAGGAGCUGCCAAUAGUGCAAGAAAUCACUUCAGUUGUACGGGAGUGGUAUCACUACUGGAAAUCACAAUAUGUGAGCCAUCACCCAGACUUUGCCGUAAUUCAGGAAAUGAUAGAUGGCCUACUGAAAUGGCGAAAGGAAAUAAAGUCUAGAAAAAUCACCACUGAACAAAUGAAAGAUCUGAAACAAAAAGUUGCAGCAAAAAUCGACAUUGGAAACUUAAAACUUGGACUGGACCUGGUGGUGCGAGAUGAUGAGGGCAACAUUCUCAUCCCCAGCAGUGCCAGCGUGGUCAGAAUAUACAAAGAGCAUGUGGAGGUUGCUGACAGAUUAAAACAUGAAAUGCAAGGUGAGAGCAGUGCCCAGGUGGAGACCAAGGCAUCAGUUGGGGCUACAUACAACCUGUUUGUGAUGCUGCACAACUUUGUGUGUCGUGCGGAUGACGUGGAAGUCCUUGUUAACCUCUAUGAUGCAGUCAAUAUGAAAUAUAUUUGUGAAAAUUACAUCAUCAAAUGGGAUAAAGAGAAGCUUGCCGGCGACCAAGAAUUCCUGAGUUCAAUAAAAGUAGUCUUUACAGAUUUAGAUGCCAAAGAUCGACACUUGGAGAAGGUGUUCUUGGUAUUCCAGAUAGUUCGAAACGGAGUGAUGGAUCACAAAGAUUCGGAUGACAAAAAACAGACGAAGGGUCUACGUCGACCAUUUGGGGCAGCGUCGAUGGACAUCACGAAACUUCUCCAAGCACCCGGCCAUGGGCCCGUGAUAUCAGAGGUAGACGAGGAGUUUGUGCCCUUCUUACAAUGCGGAGAAAAGGAAUUCAUGGAAAGCUGCGUGAAGAAGACUGUUACAGGACGUGAAUUUACGCACAGGGGACAGGGACUCUUUGUCUCUCUGAAACUCCUCAAAGGGGUCAUCAAACAGAUCCGAGAGGACUUUCCCCAUAUAGUGCAGCCAAACACGAAUGUAGUCAGGAAAAUGGGCUUCCCAGAUGUCAUCAUGCCAGGUGAUGUCCGCAAUGACAUCUACGUAACUAUAAUUGAGGGGAAUUUUUCCCGCGGUUCCAAGACAGCUGACAAAAAUGUGGAAGUGACCAUGCUGAUGUGCAAUAAAGGGGGAGACCCACUUGAGGGUGUAAUUAACACUGGCUGUGGUACCCCAGGGGCGUCUGAUUAUAAAACUCUGAUAUACUAUCACGAGGAUACUCCAAAAUGGUGCGAGACUUGCAAGGUGACUGUCUCAACAGAGGCUGAGUUCCGAGGGCUACAUUUGAAGUUCCUCUUCAAACACAAAUCUAGAAAUGAAUCAAAAGAUAAAAAUGAGCGGCCAUUUGCAAUGGCCUUUGUAAAGCUGUUGAACAAGAAUGGUACAACACUUAUGGAUGGUGAACAUGAACUCCUACUGUACAAGAUCGACUACAAGAAGGGGGAAGACAAGGGCCACAACCCAUACAUUGACUUGCCAUCAACACAAAAAGAGCUGGAAGCAUCAAAUAAUUUUGGCACAGGAAACUUCACGCAAGGCGCUGGUGGAACGCACAAGAAAAUUCCCCUGUUCAGUGGGCAAUACUCUCUCAGCUAUCGGGAUACCUUCAAGAUAUCCACCUUUGUCUGUUCAACAAAAUUGACCCACAAUGUCGAUUUACUUGGCUGCCUAAGUUGGCAGAAACUGUUAGAACAAAAUGAUACUGCGUCUUUAAAGCUGCAUCUUAAAGGCUUGAUGAAGGUUGAUGGGGAAGAAAUAGUCAAGUUUCUGCAAGACCUUCUCGACUCGCUGUUCUACAUUCUGAUGCAGCCUACAGUUUCUGAUCUCUAUGACAGCCUAGUCUUUGAUGCGCUGGUGUACAUCAUUGGACUGGUGGCAGACAGCAGGUACUUCCAGUUCCGACCAAUCCUGGACGCCUACAUCCUUUCAUUCAGCCAAACCACAGCCUACAUUAAGUUGAUGUCAAUACUCAAGGAAUACGUGGACAACGCAAACGAAGACACUGAGCAUGACGCAUCCUUCAGACAGGCCAUGAAGUCUCUUGAAUACAUCUUCAAGUUCAUCAUAAGAUCCAGAGAGUUGUUUGCCAUGCUGAAUGAGAACACGGGCAAGCAGCAGUUUGAGAUCAUGUUGAGGCAGCUGAUACAGUCCAUCGGGGGCAUGAUGCUGUAUACUUCAGAUAGGCCAGUGCGGGCUCAGGGUUAUGCAUUGCGCAACAUGCCUGCCACCAUUCCUGAUAUAUUGAAGGUUUUUAAUGGAGUGGAACUAAGUCAUCUAUUUGUGGAGUUUCUCUCGCAUGUGCCCAAGAGCCGACUGAAGAUCCAGAAAAUCAAAUGUGUGGAGGAUCUUGUGCAGACGCCGCUUUUCUCGAUGGCGGAGUGCCGCGAGGUGCUCCUACCCAUGAUGCUCGGCCACAUCCGGGACAUGAUGGAGGCGCAGGACGAGAUGUCGGCCUGCAUCAAGGUGCUCUCUCACAUCAUGGACACGCUCUUUACACCCAGCAAACCUUUGUUCCACGACAGAGACAUUGACAAGAUCAUGGACAUCAUACUGAGGACAGUCAUUCAGACGACCAUCAAAACACACGCAGAGGCUGGAUUACAAAUGGAUGAGGGUCAUGGUGAAACCUUCCAGGGCGACUGUGUUGCAGUGCUCUUGAACAUUCUCCGCCAGAUGAGCGAGACACACUACAACAACUACAUCGCCACAAAGUUCUUCAUCCUCUCCGACCUCGAGGACUUCCUUAUGGAGAUCAUCAUGCUGUUCCAGAAUCUCAUUCAGGAGAGCGUCUACCAGAACGACUGGAUGGAGAUGAUCAUGCUGCAGAAUAGCAUCAUUCUUCGUGCCUUAAGAUGUUUUGCUCACACCAUCGUUAAUAAGUUCUCAACUCCAUUCAAGGAAUCCUCGGUGCUAUGGAACAACUUCUUCCACUGCGCUAUUUCUUUCCUGACGCAGCCUCACUUGCAAUUGGAGAACUUCUCCACCAGCAAACGCCAAAAAAUUGUCUCACAGUACAACGACAUGCGGCGGGAAAUGGGAUUUGAGAUACGGUCCAUGUGGUACAGUCUGGGUGCCAACAAGAUAAAGUUCAUUCCAGAAAUGGUGGGACCACUGCUAGAAAUGUCUUUGAUUCCAGAAACUGAGUUGAGGAAAGCUGCCAUUCCAAUGUUCUUUGACAUGAUGGUGUGUGAGUUCAAUCAGCCAAAUCAAAAUGGAAAAGGAGGAAUUGAAGGAAACUUUAAAAAGGUGGAGACAGAGAUGGUCAAUCAGCUGGACGCUCUAGUGGAGGGGGGACGUGGGGAUGAACAGUACAUGCAUCUCUUCAAGGACAUCCUCACUCUAGAGUGCAACUCCUCUGAGAAGCUUCGCAAGCCAGGGCAUGAGUUUGUGGAGAUGGUAACCAAGCUGCUGCAGAGGCUGCUAGAGUACCGACACAUCAUACAGGAUGAUAUUAAGGACCACCGAAUGAGCUGCAUAGUCAAUCUGCUGGAUUUCUAUGACAAGAUAGACCGGCGUGAAAUGUACGUGCGCUAUCUCCACAAGCUGUGCACAAUGCACCUGGAGUGUGACAACUACACUGAGGCUGCCUGCACCUUCCAGCUCUACGCAAAACUGCUCAGCUGGAGUGAGGACCCGUUGCCAGCGAUACUGGUGUCAGAGAAGUUUCCAGAAGCACAGACACAUAGAGAGCUGAAGGAAAUGCUGUAUCAUCAUGUGGUCUCUUACUUCGAUAAGGGACAAAUGUGGGAGAUGGGUAUAGAACUGUGCAAGGAGAUUGCAAAUCUGUACGAGAAUGUCUUGUUUGACUAUGAGAAGCUCAGCUUUAUUUUGAGACAGCAGGCAGGUCUGUUUGAAAAGGUCAUGAAAGAGAUGCGACCUGACCCAGAGUACUUCAGAGUGGGUUACUAUGGAAACGGCUUCCCAUCAUUCCUGCAGAACAAGGUGUUCAUCUAUCGUGGCAAGGCUUAUGAGAGACUGCAGGACUUCUGUGGACGCAUGCAGACACUCUUCCCGAAUGCUGAGUUGAUGAAAACUCUCAAUGCACCUUCAGAAGAAUUGAAAGAAUCUGAGAAGCAGUAUCUUCAGAUAAAUGCAGUGACCCCUGUGAUGGAGUUGCACCAAAAGUUUAGAAACAAGGAAAUUAGCGAGAAAAUACUCAAAUAUUACCAAAUCAAUGAAGUGAAGAUGUUCACAUACUCUCGAAGGAUAGAUGAAGGGGGCAGCAACAUAGCCAACAUCUGGCAGGAGAAGUUCAACAUGCUGACCAGCAAUCCACUGCCUGGAAUACUGUGCUGGUUUCCAGUGACAGACACUGUAGUUUGCAAAGUGAGUCCAAUAGAGACAGCCAUCGAGACGCUCAACUCGUCCAACAAGAAACUCACCUCUGCCAUAGAUCACCUGCAGUCGGAACACAAUGCUCAGGCUAAUCAACUCGGAAUGUUGCUGAAGGGCAUUGUGGAUGCAGCUGUGAACGGGGGCAUAUCAAACUGGAAGCACUUCUAUGCAGACGACUUCGCUACCAACAAAAAGGAUGAAGAGUUCGUAGUUGAACUGAAAGAGGCUACAAAAAACCAGGCCUCUCUCAUCAGGGAUGGCAUGUUUGUCCACAAGCGUCGCUGUGCUGAGGUGCAGCGGCAAUUCCACAUGUACUUGGAGGAGAAGUUUGCUGAAUGGAUCAAUAUGAUUGAGAAAGAGUACAAUAUCAAGAUCAAGGGCAGGUCUUCGUCUACAAGCACAUUGAAGAAGAACAACUCUCUGUCGGCCCUGAGUCUGGACAAAAUGAGUAGCAUGUACCCAAGCAACACGAACCAUAGCAUGAAGCGCUGGCAUAAGGAUCAGAGCUCUGGUGGCAGCCUGACCAACGUGAGCCAAGCCAUGGGUGGUGCCUCACCUACCUCCAGCAAGAUCCUGGUGUCGGGAUCCCGCAUGACCAAGGUGUUCACGAACAGCGAGCAGAAAGUCCUGCCUCGUAGGGGCGCCCAGUCGAAGGUGAACCGCAAGGGGAAGGGCACCUCCCAAAUCAGCAGCGCCAGUAGCUCUGACUCUCUUGAAUCUAAUCGGAACUCACUUGAUCAACCUAUAACACUAACGGAGCAGGGUCAGACAAACGGACAGAUCACCCCACGGAGACCACCCCGCCCAGAGGCGGACAAGGACCGGCGUAACAGCCAGCGCCUGAGCGCCCAGUAUGGGCCGAUGCCAAUCCCAGGUGGUUACAUGAGUCCCCUUUCUUCUGGAGCGGGUGCCAAGUCUCACACUAGUUUGGCUCAGGCUUCCUUUAUCUCCUACACUCAAGAGAAUGGGGAUGCAGCAGACGAAGAAGCUCCUCCCCCCCUGCCCGACAAACAGUCGCACGAGCACUCCAGCUUGAACUCAGAGCCUCCCCCCAUACCCUCGCGCACUAGUGCCCCUUCGCGAACGCCACGCAAAUCAAAGGUGGGUUUUUUCGAUGGUCUGCGGUGGAUGCACAGGCAAUCAAUAUCUCAGCAGGGCUCCUCUGGGCUCAAAAGUCCCGAUGGAAAAUUGGACUCGAGUCCAGACCAAUCAAAGCAUUCAUGAUUUUAUUUCGUAUGUUUUAUAGGCGGAAUAUUCCUUGCAGACAUUUAUAAGUAUAUGUACUGUGUUCGUAAUUUGGGUUUAUUUUCAAGUGAUUUUAUGAUGGUAUAAAAUUAUUUUGAGAAUUCUACUUUAUUAAAAAUAUGUUAUAAGUAUUGACAAUGUGUAGAUAUAAAAGCAAUACUAGUUAUUUCUCAGUGUAUUAUUUUGUAAAAUUGUACGCUAUCUGGUCUGUACAUUGUGAAAAUAUGGGUAAACAAUCAAGGUAUUUAGUUAAUAGUUUAUUACAUGUAUCAAGGUACUUAGUGUUUUUUUCUUGUUUACAUUUAUUCUUUGGCAUGUUCUUGACUAUAUUAUUUAUCUCAAAGUGCUGUUCUAAUAUUCUUUAUUAAUACUGACAUAUAAAAAAACAUCAAUUCCUUUUCUGUACUUAAUAUAUUAAUGGACGACAAGGUUUAAAUUAUUUCACACAACUGAUGAAUUGACAUUUAAACUCCAUAAAUGUGCUGAUUUUGUUGCAUAUUAUAUAGGGUUCAUCACAAAUCAACUGAUCAUAUUUGUAAGACAAUUUACUGAAAAUUAUUAUUUGAUAUCAGACAUGUGCUCUAAAAUAUGAUGUCUUUAAAUAUUUUAUGCACAUUUUGUUAAAUGCAUAAAAUAUAAUAAGUAUAUUUUCAUGUUAACAUAAUGUUCAAUGCUUGAAUGCAUAUGAAAUAACCAUUCUUAAAUGCUUUGCCUAAACAAGGCUUAUUUAUAUAGGCUUUAUUAUCAAGAGAACAGCGUCAUGCAAAAAUGGGUCUUAUUCAAUAUACCGCCAGGAUAGCUCCAGACCCAUUUUUUCAUGACACAACUCACUUUAUAUCGAACUGACAUAACAUGACAGACAACAUUUCAUAUUUUCAGCACUGUAACUGAAUUUCAUAAUUCAGUUUUCAGUUAACCAAUUCAUAUGAAACAUGAUUUUGAAAAUUUUUAACAAACAAAGUUGACCCUCAUUAGAUAUAGUAUUAAAUUUGGAAAAUAUCAAAGUCAAUGGCAGCAUUAUAAUGAUGUUUUGACAUACUUGAAUGACAGACAAAGCAGCGGCACAACAUUUUUCAAUGCCAUUAGUUCUUAGAGGAUAUUUUAUAACCAAAUAUGAUUACAUAUUUUCAUGUAGAAAUAACCAUAAUUUCAAUAAAAAUGAUUCACUUUGUACGUCCACCAGUGCACAGCAAGAUAUAGCGAUUCACAGGGUCCUGGAGUCAAUACAUUUUCACUGAUUGCAUUUGUUGCAUUCAUUUCUCUUACUUUGUUUUCAUUCAUUCCUUUAUUCUUCUUCUUUUGCAGCCUUUACUAAAAUCUGCAUUGUCCAGCGAAUGUGAGGCAUCUCCGCCGGUACUGCCUGAUAAACUCACGCCAAGCAAAUCUUUUGAAAGUGAACGCUUGUGAUAAUGUUAUAUACACAUUCUCUGCACUUGGCCUUGUGAUGUUGAAAAAACAUUGUGUUAUAAUAUUUGCUUUAUCAUGUGUUAGAGGUCAUGAAACUGGUUCAUUCAAGUAUUGUAUAGUUUUGACUGUGUUAUAGCAUGUUUUUAAUAGCCGCAUUCACAGGGAGAGAUUUUACAGAACAUUUGUGAAUAUUUUACAAAUUAUGCAAAGCAUUUAUACAAAACCACACAGGUGCAUUCAUGUUUUAUUGUACUUUUACAUUAUGUUAAUCACAUGAGUAUAUAUAAAAUAGCUAACGUUAUACCAUACAUGGUUAUUUUUUCCAAGUACCUGUCUUGACUGCUGUAAAGAUACAAAAUAAUUAAGUAUAAAUAUAUUUCUUUCUAAAAGUUAGCUUAUCUUUAUUUCUUUUUCCACAUUAUUCUUCUCCUUGAUGCAUAUAAACACCAUAAACAUUGUAUAAUAAUAUAUAUUGCAUGCAACUGUAUGUAUAAUUCUUGAAUGAUAUUAACAAUUCCUUUUUCCAAAUAAUACUGUAUGUAACAUGUAAUAUUUUUCAUCUUCUAAUUUCUUCCAAAUAAUUAGACGUAAGUGAUGGAUUCUUGAUAUUGUUUGUAUGCAAAAGAAUCCAUACUACAUCUAAAAAUUUAAUGCGCAUUUCCUGUAAACAAUUAAUUUCUAUCAAAUCUCAAUCAGAUGUAAACACUUAAGUAUGUAAGUUGACAAAUUUAGUUCUUAAUUUUCAAUAUGCUCAUGAAUUGUAUUAAAAGCAUAUUAUGUUUUAUGUCUGAUUUAUAUAUAAUUUCUCCAAUACAGCUGAUAUGUGCAAAUAGGGUUAAAUGUUGUUUUUUUUUCUCUGUCAUUCAUUUACACAUCCGUGCAAGCAUGUCGAUGUUUUAUUCGUGUAUAUUUGUGUUAUUUGUAUAAUUUUGUUAUAUUUUCGCAUCUGUUUUGGAAUAUAAAUAAUUUUAUUCUUUUCUUGUAUAAAUAUCAUAUUAAUGUAUACAUUUUCAAUACAUUCAUAACAUAGAUAGCAUUUUCAUAUGAAAACCAACCCUUAACUUAAUAUUGACAUUUUAUUUCUGUACAAGUACUUGAAAUGUAUAUUAUUUGGCACAUUUUGUGUUUUGUCUUUUUGAUUAUUUUUUAAUGUUUCUUUAUUAAAAAUAAUGGAGUGUUCUUGUUAAAGUAUUUUCUUAUAUUUAAAUUGAAUUGUUGCAGACUUCAGAAAAACAAUACAUGUUUACUACAGUUUUCAAUGGCAAGUUAUGCCCAUGAUAAUGUGAACUUGUUGAUGUCAGAGUUAAAGCCUCUAUAACGCUCAAAAUCAAUGAAAAUUUUGUAAAGUAUUUCGUAAAAUAAAGUGAACACCUAAACAAUUAAUGUUCCUUAUAGAAAUAGCCACAAUUUCAAAGCUAGAUGUGGUAUGAUUACAUAGAUUUUUUUAGAUACAAAAUGCUCGUUUUUAUUUAUUUAUGACACAAUUAAUUCCAUGUUUAUUUCCAUGGUACCAUAUGCAAAAAAUAAAAAAACAAGUAUUUUUUUAUCUACAAACAUCUAUUUUACUAGACCACAUGUGGCGUUGAAAGUUCGGCAAUUGCCAUAAGGAACAAUGAUUUUUAAUUGUUUAGCUUCAUUUUACGAAAUAUUGUACAAAAUUUUCGUUGAUUUUGAGUAGUAAUGUUACUUUAAAGGUACGCAGUUAAAUGACAUUAUACAGAUGUACGUGGUAAGUUUCUAUUCUUUGUAUCCAUAUGAUGUGAUGAAGAGCAAUGAAGAUAAUUAGAUGCAGAGUUUUGAAAUUGAUCUGUAAUUAACCCUUUGCAUGCUGGGAAAUUUGUUGUCUGCUAAAAUGUUGUCUGCUGAAUUUCUAAAAUUAGCAUUUUUUGAUUUUUUUCAAAGAAUUCUAUCAGAAUAGCAAACAGUUUGGAUUCUGAUGAGACGCCACAUUCUGUGGCGUCUCAUCUGGAUCCAAACUGUAUUCAAAGGACUUCAAAAUGCGGUUCCAGCACUGAAAGAGUUAAUGUUUCUUUUAUAGCUCGACUAAUCAUAUCAAACGUUUCAAACUUAACAAAUAGAAGAAAACAUUUUUUGCAUGAUUUAUUAAAUCCAAUACAAUUUCAAUGUGAUGCACAUUGACUUGUGUCAAGUAUAUAUGUCAUGUUACAUGUCUGAGUUGUUCACUAUACCAAACUUCCUCUUAGCUGUCGACCAAUGAUCUUAUUACAUUCCACGCCUUAUACUUAUUCUGUUCGUUAUUUGCAACUGUGAAGUGUCCUGGUUAACCAAUAAAGCCAUGUUUCUGGAAAAUGGGGCUAAACGCAUGUGCAUUAUGCAUCAUCCCAGAUUAGCCUGUGCAGUCCGCACUUAACAACAAUUACAUUACAUUGUAAUCAUAAUGGAUUCAUAUUUGUAUUUAUGAACAAGGUUCCAUUCAGUUUAGCUUUUUCAUUUGUUGUUUUGCUAUAAUCAAUAUCCAUUAACAAUUGGCAAAGGCAGUAUGAUUUACAGUAUAUUCUUUCUCAAGGAAAUUCAUAACAAGAUUUACUUUCUCAAGGAAAUUCAUAACAAGAUUUAGAAAAUUCUUUUGGUUUAGAUACUGAAAAAUCAAAGCACUAAUGAUAUUUAAUGUAUUACUGAAAAUAGUCCUGCUUACAAAGCAAAUGAACUCUGUUCUAUUGAACCCCUUAUAUGUUUUGACACUCGAGACAGUUGUUAUGUUAUUAGGAUGGCAAAAUUAUUCUAUGCUUUUUAUUUUCUUAUACAUGCAACAAAAUGACCAACGAAAACCAUGUGCCUAUUUUAUUACUGUUAAUGAUUUUGAAAUUUGACUGUUCGGUUAAAUACCAUUUUAUUUUAGUCCUUACUACGAAGAAUAGUUUUGUUGACUGCCAAAUGAGUACAACAAUGUUGUACCUUGCAUAAUUAUGUCAAGUUGUGUGUUUGGUGAAAUAUGCUUAAUUGAAUUGCAUUUUCUAGUCAUUUAUUUUGUAGGUCCUUAAUGGAGAAUCAUUAGUAUUAUAUUCAGCUUUUUGUUUAGAAAAGCUGUUCAUUUCUGGAGAUAUAAAACACUUAUGCUAUUAAAAUAUUAAUGGGAGUAUUUAUAAACAAAAUUAUAAUAAUUUAGUUAUGGUGAUAUUACAUACCCUUUUUUUAAACCAGUAUAUUGUAAACUUGAGGUGUUUUGAUGGUACAAGUGGUAUAUAUUUUGUGUGUAUGCUUAACAUCUAUUUCUGAUAUUUCUACACAUUCCCUUUUCUUGUGAUCUUACAGUUCACAUGUGGACACAUUUACAAUUUCCAAACUUUAUAUUAAUGUUUCUAAAUGUUAAUGUAAGAUUGUUUACAGCUAGAUGUUUUGUAACAAUACUGUGUUUAUAUUUUUUGUUAAUAUUUUAUUAUAUUAUGUAUUACAAUAUUAACCAAUGAAAUUAACUUAUAGGAAGCAUAAUCCAUUUUCGGUCUAUUUCACAGAACAACAGCUUUCAUUGGUUAAUAUUUUGGUAUACAUACAUGUUUUCAUGGACAAACAUGUAUAAUUAUACUAUUUUGAUAACUUUUGUAAUCAUGUUCUUCCAUUUGUUCAUUUGAACAGACGUUUCGUGUUGCAGAGACUUUGUUCAUUGGAGACUUUGUUUAUGUUUUUAUAUUUGUUUGAAUGACUUGGUUUGUUAAAGGUUCUCUUUUGCUGAUUUUUUUUUGCCAAUUGCUUUUUACGUUCUUAUCAAUCUUAUAUUGCCGUCUUCGUACAUAAAUGAGGGUAACAACACAUUAGUUUUCAAAGUAUAAAAUGGUAAAUUCAUUUUCAUCAUAACAAUUAUUAAAAACAUAACUUUCAGUAAACAUUUUCUGGUAAAUAGAUCAUUAUACCCCAAUUAUCAUUGGUAAUGGGGACAAUAUAGGAGUUGGUCGGUCGGCAUGUCUGUCCCAAAGAUUUCAUCUGAUCUUCACCAAACUUGGUCAGAUGUUGUAUCUAGAUGAUAUCUAGGUAAAGUUUGAAUAUGGGUCAUGUCAGGUUAAAAAUAGGUCAUGAGGUCAUUUAGAGCGUUUAAACCGAAAGUUUGUCCAGGCUAUGUCAUUUAUGGAUAGAUUUUAAAAUGACCAGGUACAUUUGUUCACCAUCAUGGGACUGUGUGUCAUGCGAAAGAAGUAUGUCGAUAUCUCCAAUGUCAAGGUCACACUUAAGAGUUCCAAGGUCAAAAUGCCCAUAAAUGAGCAUGUCCAGGCCAUAACUUUGUCAUUUAUUGUGAGACUUAAAAAUCUUUUGGCACAUUUGUUCACCAUCAUUAAACAGUGUGUCAUCCGAAAGAAUUACAUCGAUAUCUCCAAGGUCAAGGUCACACUUUGAGUUCAAAGGUCAAAAAUGGCCAUAAAUGAGCUUGUCCGGGCCAUAACUAUCUCGUUCAUUGUGAGAUUUUUAAAUCAUUUGGCACAUUUGUUCAACAUCAUUGGACGGUGUGUCAUGCGAAAGAAUUACGUCGCUAACUGCAACGUAAAGGUCACAUUUUGAGUUCAUAGGUCAAAAAUGGCCAUAAAUGAUCUUGUCCAGGCCAUAACUACAUGUAUGUCAUUCAUCGUGAGAUUUUAAAAUUACUCAGUACAUUUGUUUACAAUCAUUGGACAGUGUGUCAUGCGAAAGAAUUACGUCGAUAUCUCCAAGGUCAAGGCCACACUUGGAUUUCAAAAGUCAAGAAUGGCCAUAAAUGAGCUAAUGUCAUUCAUUGUGAGAUUUUAAAAUGACUCUUGACAUUAAUUUUGUUCACAGUCGUUGGAAGGCAUGUCAUGCGAAAGAAUUCAAGAGUUCAAAGGUCAAAAUGGCUAUAAAUGAUGAUGGCAUAAUAAUUCUUAAAAAUUGCCAUAAAUUAGCUUCUCUUGUUUUGUGAAGACAGCAUGCAAAAUAUUGUGUCAAUGUGAGGGUAUACGUCACGUCUGUGACAAAUCUCUAGUUAACCCUUUUCUCGCUCAGAUAUGAACAUUGACUGGUUUAUACUCCCUUAAAAUGUCAAAUUUAAUGUCAGGUUUUUAUUCCUGAUUUAAGUUUUAAAAGGUUUCAUUUCUAACCCUGAGAUACUGAUGAGCAGCAAACAACAUAAUUCCUGAACAGACUGAGUUACUCACAGGCUUUCUGCUCGUUGCAUAUAGCCAUUUUCACUUUGCUUUUGAGGGUUAAAGUGUUUGUAAUAUUUCCUCUUUAUAUAGAAAUUUAGUUUUGAAAGUUUUUAAGAAGGGGAAAAAAUGGUGCAGACUUGUUUCAUUUUCAGACGAGAUUCAGUGUUUGAAAUAUGUUGCCUUAACUUGCCAAUUUCUAGGCUAUUUCUAAUUUCUCAAUAAGUUUAAACAAAAUUGUAACAUUUCUUAAACUUGUAAAUAGGACCAAGAAAAAAACAAAGCUUAGUGACUUGUUCACUGUUUGACAAUUUAAAAUAAAUGUCAUAAUUUAAAAAAAGAUACAUUUAUUAUAUUAAAUUUAUUGUAUUAAAAUGUAAAAUAUUAAAAACAAACAAAGUAUAACUUUUUUGAGGUGGUUAAAUAUGUUUGCAGUAUUAGUCCAUGUAUGGAAAAACUUUAUUCCACAUUCGUACAGAGAUUAACCUUUUGGAACCCUUUUUUAGCUCACCUGUCACGAAGUGACAUGGUGAGCUUAUGUGACCGUGUGAUGUCCGGCGUCCGUAUGUGCGUGUGUGCGUCCGUCAACAAUUUGCGUGUGUAGACAGUAGAGGUCACAGUUUUCAUCCAAUCUUUAUGAAAUUAUCUUCAUGAAAUCUGGGUUGGGAUUGUAUUUGGGUCAUCUGGGGUCAAAAACUAGGUCACUAGGUCAAAAACUAGGUCAAAUAAUUGAAAAACCUUGUGUAGACUAUAGAGGUCGCAUUUUCAUCCCAUCUUUAUGAAAUUUGGUCAGAAUGUUUAUCUUGAUGAAAUCUGGGUUGGGAUUGUAUUUGGGUCAUCUGAGGUCAAAAACUAGGUCACUAGGUCAAAAACUAGGUCAAAUAAUAGAAAAACCUUGUGUAGACAAUAGAGGUAGCAGUUUUCAUCCAAUCUUUAUGAAAUUUGGUCAGAAUGUUUAUCUUGAUGGAAUCUGGGUUGGGAUUGUAUUUCGGUCAUCUGGGGUCAAAAACUAGGUCACUAGGUCAAAAACUAGGUCAAAUAAUAGAACAACCUUGUAUAGACAAUAGAGGUCGCAGUUUUCAUCCAAUCUUUAUGAAAUUUGGUCAGAAUCUAUAUCUUGAUGAAAUCUGGGUUGGGAUUGUAUUUGGGUCAUCUGGGGUCAAAAACUAGGUCACUAGGUAAAAUAAUUGAAAAACCUUGUGUAGAUAAUAGAGGUCACAGUUUUCAUCCAAUCUUUAUGAAAUUUGGUCAGAUUGUUUGUCUUGAUGAAAUCUGGGUUGGAAUUGUAUUUGGGCCAUCUGAGGUCAAAAACUAGGUCACUAAGUCAAAUAAUAGAAAAACCGUGAACAAUUUGUGUAGACAGUAGGUCACAGUUUUCAUCCAAUCUUUAUGAAAUUUGGUCAGAAUGUUAACCUUAAUAAAAAAUGGGUUGGGAUUGUAUUUGGGUCAUCUGGGGUCAAAAACUAGGUCACUAGGUAAAAAACUAGGUCAAAUAAUAGAAAAACCUUGUAUAGACGAUAGAGAUCGCAGUUUUCAUCUAAUCUUUAUGGCAGAAUGUUUAUCUUGAUGAAAUCUGGGUUGGGAUUGUAUUUGGGUCAUCUUGGGUCAAAAACUAGGUCACUAGGUCAAAUAAUAGAAAAACCUUGUGUAGACAAUAGAGGUCACAGUUUUCAUCCAAGCUAUGAAAUUUGGUCAGAAUGUUUGUCUUGAAGAAAUCUGGGUUGGGAUUGUAUUUGGGUCAUCUGGGGUCAAAAACUAGGUCACUAGGUCAAAUAAUAGAAAAACCUUGUGUGGGCAAUAGAGGUCACAGUUUUCAUCCAAUCUUUAUAAAAUUUUAUCAGAAUGUUUAUCUUGAUGAAAUCUGGGUUGGGAUUGUAUUUGGGUCACCUGGGGUCAAAAACUUGGUCAAUAGGUCAAAUAUUAGAAAAACCUUGUGUAGACAAUAGAGGUCACAGUUUUCAUCCAAUCUUUAUGAAAUUUGGUCAGAAUGUUUAUCUUGAUGAAAUCUGGGUUGGGAUUGUAUUUGGUUAGUCAGGUGAGUGAUUCAGGGCCAUCAUGGCCCUCUUGUAUUAUUUAUUUAAACAAUACUUGCAAAACUAAAAUAGCCUUGAUAUAAAAUGCCGUUUUUAUAUUGAAGCCUGCAUGUUUACGUGGUAAGCAAUAGCUUUCAAUUCUUCUAGUCCCGUAUUUCAAAUCAUCUUUAUUCAACUUUUUCCUUGCUUUAUUUUUUUUGCAAUUUCAAAAAUAUAAGAUAAUCAAGUUAAAACAUUUAUUAACAUGGAAAAUAUGAAAAUAAGUGAACAAGUCUUUUCCAUCGACCUGUUCUGGUUUUUUUUUAAUUCCAUAUUAUUUUGUGUAAAUACAUUAGGGCAAAAAAUACAUAUUCCAAAGAACAAUGAAAAGAUAUAAUGUCCAGAUAAACAGCAAUAAUAGGCUUAUUUCCUAAGCAUGUAUUCCACUAUGUGGAAGUACAGUAAAGUAAAUUCAAUAGGUAGUUUAAUGUAUUUUUUCAUUUUGCUUUGAUCUAUAUGAAAGGUAUUGUUUUACCUCUCUGACAUGUUCUGUUUCUGUUUUGUUUGAUGUCUUCUGUGUCUGUAUUCUGUAAGUCUGUUUUUAUCAAUGUAAAUAGUUUAUACCAGGUUUCUAUCAAUAUUAUGCAUACAAACAAGAUUGUAUAGCACUAUGUUAUAUUCUUAUAUUUUACAUUGAAAAUUAAACAUGAUAAUGUA